GGCAACUGCAGGCCGGGUGAGCUCGAGCCGGCCGGCGGCGCGGCGCGGCAUGGGGAGCGGCGGUGGCGGGGUGGUGGACGGCGCGAAGCCGGCGGUGGCGAUGGUGGCCGUGGAGUUCGUCUUCUCAGCGCUGCAGAUCUUCAUCAAGCUCGCGCUGGACGACGGCAUGGACGUGCGCGUCCUCGUCGCCUACCGCCUCAUGUUCGCCUCCGCCUUCCUCUGCCCGCUCGCCUUCCUCGUCGAGAGGAAGAAACGGCCACCACUGACCAUGAAGGUGGUGCUAGGGUUGUUCCUGUGUGGACUUUUUGGAAUUGCCAUCAACCAGAACUUGCUCGUGCUCGCCAUGAAGCUGACCAACUCAACGACCAUCGUCACAGCUCUCAGCAACCUCACGCCCCAGUCCACCUUCAUCGUUGCAAUCUUGACCAGGCAGGAGAUCGUGAAGCUCGGCAAGGCCAGCGGGCGGGCGAAGCUGGCGGGCACGCUGGUCGGCCUCGGCGGCGCGAUGGUGGUCACCUUCUACAGGGGGCCCGAGGUCGGGUUCAUGCACGGGCUCGCGCGCGCGGUCGGGCUCCGGCACGGCGGCCACGGCCUGGACGCCCGGGGCACGGAGGCGACGACGUCGGCCGCCGCCCGCGUCGUGGGCUCGUUCCUCGCCAUCGCCAGCUGCUUCAGCUACGCCGUCUGGCUCUCCAUCCAGGCCCGGGUCGGGGAGGCCUUCCCGUGCCACUACUCGAUCGCCGCGCUGGUGUGCCUCGCCGGCGCCGCCCAGUCCGCGCUGCUCGCGCUCUGCUUCCACCGCGACGCGGCGCACUGGCGGCUCGGCCUCGACGUCAGGCUCUACUCGUCGGCCUACGCGGGCAUCGUGGCGUCCGGGUUCGCGUUCCCGCUGAUGUCGUGGUGCCUGCGGGAGCGGGGGCCCCUGUACGUGGCCAUGUUCGGCCCGCUCAUCAUCGUCUUCGUCGCGGUGCUCAGCUCCGUCUUCCUCGACGAGACCCUGCACCUCGGGAUCGCGCUCGGCGCCGUCCUGAUCGUGGCUGGGCUGUACAUGGUGCUCUGGGGCAAAGCCAGAGAAGCGCAGGAGAAAGCUGCGGGUGUUCUGCGCCAAGAUGAAGAGCGGGGCGAGGAAUCUGCUGCCCAAGAUGAUGCUGCCAACGCGGAAACAAAAUGACGAGACUUGAUUGCGGC